AACAGUGUUGGCCAUUCAUGACGAAUUUCGGCUGGAUGCGAUGGAAAGAGUUAGAAAUAUAAGUCAUGUAGUCGUAAAGAAACUCGAACAAUUGUAUUUGUAACGUGUUUUAAGCAACUGUUUCUAAAAGUCCCCCGUUUAUCCGUUAAGAAAACUCCCAAACGCGACACUAUAAACGCGUUUUUCCGGUUUCAAAUUUACGCACCCUCCUUGAAAAUGUCAAAGGACGACAAAUCAAAAUACGCACUGAAAAAAGCACAAAACACAACGACGUGCCCUUGCACAUUGCAGCACGAAUUCCCGCUCGGUGUUACGACGCAUCAAAACUCGGUGAAUAAAACCCGUUUUUUUCAACCACUUUCAAUCAAAAAUCGACCCACAUCGAUCAACCAUCGUUGCGGCCAUCGUUUCAACCCAAAACAGAGCACCGUUGGAGCAAAAGUGCAAAAAGUACGGCAAUAUGCGCUGCGGCCCCGACCGCCACCCUGCACUGUAGCCCGUGUGUGACGUCACAGGGGGGAGUUUGGUGAACAUCAUACGAUGCUAAACGGCGGCCUCUGAUUGGUCGAGACGGCAUGAUCUGAUGUGUUUGCAUCAGAUCGUCAACAUACGCGCAUACACGACGUCGUCGUUGCUUUGGUGUUUGGUUUUUCUUUCCUGACGACAGUGAGUGGAAAGUUUUGCCGCAUUUCCCUUUGGUGUUGUUCAACGGGGUGACAACUGUGAGUUUUUUUUUAAAAUAAAACAAACGUAAAGCGAGAAGACAAAACAGAAAAGUCCGACAAAAUGGAGCAGGACCGAGGGUGGAACGAUCCGUUCCACCAGCCGGGAUUGUUUUUCCCGAACACGGGCUUCAAGGAGGACGAGCUGGACAUCGCGGACAUGAACGAUAUGAGCGACAUCGUGGACAUUGCGGAAAUGUAUCAAAUGAACGAGGAAAAGCUGCUGAACAUGAUGGGCGAAGACUUCCUGUCCACGCUGAGCUGGGAAGGGACAAUUGGCGAUACGUCCGCCGCCGCUGCCGCCGCCUCCGGCUCCUCCUCCUCAGCCUCCAUGGCGAUCCCCUCGCCGAGCGGAGCGGGCGUCACGAUAAAGGAGGAAUGUGUCGGGCAGAAGGAGCCAUCGGCCGUACCGCCAUCCUCCCCAUCGGACACGCUUUUCCAGCCGAUCCCCAAGCCAUCGACCCCGUUGCAGUCGCCGAAGCAGGAGGAAAAGCAGGUGCUGCUCUGUGCUCCCCAGCUCCAACCCACUCCUGCCGCCACGUCACUGCCCACGCUAGCCCCUCAGCCGCACGAUCACGGACAGCAGUUGCAUCUGCAGCCGGCCAGCCAUCUCGUGGCGGGCACUCGCUCGGUCAUUCUGGCCCCGAGCCGCCCAACGAUGGCGGGUCAGGCAGUGGCUACCACCCCCACCACCACCUCCACCACCCAAACCGCACUACUGCUGCAGAACGCACGCACCCCGGUCACACAAACCUACCAGAAGAAGAUAGCCCCUGCUCCUGCACCGCCCCAGCAGCAGCAGCAGCAGCAGCAAACGGCCAACCUGCUGCCCGGCAUUGCGAACGUGCGCGUCCAGAAUCUGGUCGCAGGCGGGCAGCCGCUCAUGCAGCAGGUCUUCACGCUGCAGACGGUGGACAAGCAGUCCGUCUUCCUGCCCGCCAACACGCCCGUCAUCUACGCGAACGCGAACGUGCACUCGAUCGCGAGCACCGCGCCCGUCCCCAGCACGGUCACGGUGAAGACCAGCCCGAACCUGCACACGCUCGUCAACACGCUGAGCGGCCCGAUCCUGGCCGCCGGCAUACCGGUCGUGCUAGACGCACCGACCCAAGUGACAGCGGCGGCGGCGGCGGCGGCAGCACCCUCCCAGCAGUCGGCCGACGGGCAGCCGAAGGUGCAGCUGACCCGCCUCCAGCCGGCCGGCGUGCCGAAGGUAAAGGAGGUGAAGCGGUCGGCACACAACGCGAUCGAGCGUCGGUACCGCACCUCCAUCAACAGCUGCAUCGUCGAGCUGAAGAACAUCGUGGUCGGGGUGGACGCGAAGCUGAACAAAUCGGCCAUCCUGCGCAAAGCGAUCGACCACAUCCGGCACCUGCAGAAGCAGAACAACCAGCUGAAGCAGGAAAACAUGACGUACAAGAUGCGGCUGGCCGACCAGAAACACUCGCUGAAGGAUCUGCUCGUCGGGCAGCAGCAGCAGCAGCAGCACCACCACCCUCACCACAUGGUGGACGACCUGAUGAUCGGGCCGAUCACGCCCCCGCGCAGCGACGAAUCGAACCCGUCCUCGUCGCCGGCCCACUCGGACAGUUCGAUGCUGGGGUCGCCCUUCCCGGGGUCCGGUUCGCUCUCGUCGAACGGUGGCGACGACCUGCUGGACGACGAGAUGCUGUCCGGGCUGGGCGGCAUGUCCUCGAACGCGCGGCUCACGAUCUGCAUGUUCAUGCUGGCGGUGCUGGUGGUGAACCCGUUCGGCAGCCUGCUGUCGCUGGCGGGCGGGCGUCCGGACGCACCGGAGGAGCUGGGCACGACCCGCCGCAUACUGGCGGUGGAGGAGCCGUACUUCUGGUCGCGGCUCUCCUCGAUGCUGCUGGUCGCGCUCGUCAACCUGAUGUUUCUCGCCUUCUGUCUCGUGCGCAUGCUGGUGUACGGCGACCCGGUGCUGCUGCCCCGGUCCCGCGCCUCCACCGACUACUGGAAGCACAAGCGCCAGUCGGACGUGGAGUUCCGGCGCGGCAAUGCGGACGCAUCGUACCGCGAGGCGAAGCUGUGCCUGCAGUCGUUCGGGCUGUCGCUGCCGUCGACGCGCGUGCAGCGCGUGUCGGCCACCGCCUGGCAGUUUGUGCGCAUGUUCUUCCACCGGCUGUACAUUGGGCGGUGGCUGUCGCGCCGCACCGGCGGCCUGUUCAAGCCGGAGGGCGACCGGAUGCACGCGCUGCACUCGGCGCGCGAGCUGGCCCUGCUCUACCACCGGCUGAACCAGCUGCACCUCGUCACCAACCGGACGGACGCGAACGGGCUGAUGAUGAGCCUGUGCGCGGUCAACAUGGCGGAAACGGCUGCGUCCGUCAUUUCGGUGGACGAUACGAUCGAGAUCUAUCUGCUGGCGGCGCUGCGCGUGAAGCGGAGCUACCCCCGGCUGCUGCAGUACUACUGCCGGUACUAUCUCGCCCAGGCGAAGCAGCUGGCCAGCGACCACACGAGCCGACGGUUCCGCUGGCUGUUCACGCCGUACGGGUUCCGCUUUCUCACCACCAGCCGGUUCCGGUACGGCGAGCGGAUGGACGGCUCGACCGCACUCUUCACCACGCUCUGCAACAGUGCCGACCCGAUCGAGUACGUGAUGCGCGAGUACCGGCUGAACCUGCUGCAGCAGGCGCUACAGCUGCUGGUCGGGUCCGGGCACGAGCGGACGGUGCGCGACCCGGGCAGCGGGCCCGGUUCGCCCGGCAAGGGCAGUGCGGCCGGGCCGGGACCGCUCACGGGCAAGGAGACGAAGGAGGACCACCACCAUGGCAGCAAGUCGAGCGAGGCGGCCGAUCUGACCGCAACCGGCAGCGGCGUUAGCGGCGACAUACUGCACUUUACCGAGCUGCUGCAGGACACGUUCGGGCUGGAGAAGCCGGUCCCGUUCGAUGGGUGCAGCGUGCACGGCACCGACUGCUGCUUCGACGAGCUGGCCCACUGGUGGUGCAAUCUGCUGCGCGUCGCCGGCUUCUGGCUGCUGGGCGAGGACGAGCUGGCCGAGGCCCUGUACGGCCAGGUGGAAACGCUGCCGGCCGCCAUGCAGCAGCUGGAGGAUCCGCUUGCCCGCGCGCUGCUGCUCGCGUUCCACGCCAAGCGCGGCUUGAUCACCAAGACGGAAUCGAGCUUUGAGACGAUCUUUGGCCACUGUAAUGCAAGCAGCCGCUUCCUCGAGGACAGUCUUACCGGCAACAUCUGCAAGACGCCGAGCCGGCUGAAGUUGCUAUCGCAACUGCUCGCCUGCGACUGGCUCCUGGAAGCCCGAACGGCCCUCUGGGAGAUCGAAAAGGAUAUGCGCUACAACCAGCAGCUGCACCAAACGGUGCCGGGGCAAAUUUUGGCCGCCUUCCAGGCCGACCUGAACCUGCUCCGCAUGGUGACGAGCAAAUUCCCGAAUGCCCAGUCGCGCGUGUUUCUGUACGAGGCGGUCUGCCGGCUGAUGGCGGGUGCGGCGCCCGGUCCGACCCAGCAGCUGCUGGACCGCAGCCUGCGCCAGCGCAACUCCCGCUCGUCGCUCAUCUGCGGCAAGGACCGGUCGGCCCAGCUGGCCGGUGGGCGGGAGCGGGCCGCCGCCCUGUACGUCGCCUGCAAGCAUCUGCCCGCGCCCUGCCUGUCGUCGCCGGGCGAGCGGGCCGGCAUGCUGGAGGAGGCCGCCAAAACGCUCGAAAAGAUCGGCGACAAGAAGCGGCUGCAGCAGUGCUACCAGCUAAUGAAGUCGCUCGGCAGUGGCAGCGUGACGAACUGAGAGGCAGAGAGAGAGAGAGAGAGAGAGAGAGAGAGGAGCCGCGUAUUCCAAAUGUUUUGCAGCGCGUUUGUGUGUGAAUGUGUGUUUUUUGCAGCUUUUAAUUAAGGACGAAUCGACUCUCCAGAAAGAGCAGGAGAGGGAAGUGCGGCUAACCGCACGUAGCAAAUAAGCAAACAACUGGCGCACUAUUUAACAAUUAUCCUAGGCUAAGAGCAAUUGUCUUUACUGCACUUGUACCUUGUGUGAGAAUAAGGCCGAGAGUGGCCAAUGAACAACAUGUUUUU